CAGCUAGCUAUCUUGUUGGUUAUAUCUUGAGCUACCUACUACAUGUAGGUAUGGUACCAAUGCACGCAUCUCUAAAUACAUACCGUCUCUACCACCUAUGUACCGAGGUUAUGUACCCGUCUCUUUUCACCCUUGCAGCUUUGACGUAACAAGAGAGGUAAUUAUGUACAUAGACGCAAGCACGCCCUAGCAUCUCGGGAUAAAUAAGAUCCUUCGCCGAUUUGGAGGUCGUCCGGGUGUUAGUGUGGGGACCUCCUCUCUAACUAAGCCUAGGCGAAUUAGCGACACAAAUCUCGAGUUCGACGGCGACGCAUAGAUACUUCUCUAUUGCAUCGCAUCCCCUGGAUCUAUUGCGCAUAACGCCUAAGCAGCUCCGGCAUUGUUGCUAUUCCUGGUUACGGCCCGCUGGUGACUCGGGUCGUAGGCGUCGCGACUAGAAUACACGGCAAGAAGUAAAAGACCUCAUCAUGUCGAACCGACAAGCUGCGCUGUCUCUUUACCGACGCUCCCUGAAGCUAGCUCUUGACUGGGCUGUCCAUCGAAGUUUGUGGCGUGGUCAAGCUCUCUAUAUCCGAUCCCUCUUCGAAGCCAACCGCAAUGUUACCGAUGCCAGGAAACAAAGGAUACUACUUAGCGAAACAGAGAAGCUACUAGAGACGUGGAAGCACCCUGAUCCGUUCUGUUACCCGACAGCCCCAGGAGGAUCUAAAUUUGAGAGGAACCUAUCAGUACCUAACACGGACCCUCCGCCACCGCUGAAGUUUUAAAUCGGGAAUUCUUAUGGGGAAAUGGGUGGUACCGAUCUAGCUUUCUAAGACAUCUACAUUCAUGACGUAAAUACCUCGUACAUGACAAUAGCACCUAAAAUCGAGGAAGUUCUUGGGGAAACAAGCAGUUCAGU